AUGUCGUCGAUUUCGAGUACUACCAUCGCUACCACCAGCGCGGCUACGACGACGUCACUGCCACCAACUACCACAUCAGCCACGACUACUCCCUCGGAUUCACCAGCAUCGACCACUACACUUCCUGCCUCGACCUCGAUAACAUCCGUCGCGCCAGUGACUACUGUCGUACCGAACCCAUCCACACUACCUCCGACGACAAUUGUAACGCAAGUGACCUCUGUAAUAACUGAGUCCCCAGCUGCGAGCAAUCAGGGUCAAGGUCCAGUCAUCACAACGGUAUAUUCCACUCAACCCAUUGUUACCAUCACUCCCACCGCGUCUCAAGCAUCCACUUUGUCAACGACCUCCACACGUAGCUCCACGACUCAGUCAGCACUUAGUGCUCCAGGAUCUAGUAGUGAUUCAGGAGGGUUGAGCAAUGGCGCAACGAUAGCGAUUGCCGUAAUAAUACCCAUUGUCGCUGUUAUCGCCCUGAUCAUCUUUGGCUUGUGGUUCUGGAGAAGGAGGAAAGCAAAGAAAGAUGCUGAAGAGCUGCGCAAGAACGAGAUGGCUGAGUACGGUUUCAAUCCCAACAACGACCCUACGCUUCCUGUUGCUGCAGCAGCAUACACCGAUGGUGCCUCAGAAGGCAACGAUGACUCAGGCUACCGUGGCUGGGGCGCAACUACAGCUUCAAAUCGUAAACCAUCGACGACACUGGGCUCAAAUAGCCGAGCUGGUGCAUUGGCUGGAUUGAACGGUACGGCUUUAUCUGACUACGGAAGUCAAGGCUAUGGUAGUGGUGUGCAGCCAUCUCCUUCUGCCGAGACUGGUUCUGAUGGUACACAAGAUCCGCUCGUUCACGGAUACCCCGAAGCAGCAACAGCUGGCGCUGUGGGCGCUGUGGGCGCUGCUGCGUUUGCAGCUGGUAGCAGAAACAACCGAUACAGCCAGGCUAGUGCACCCAGUGGCAUCCACAGAGGCCCUUCCAACGCUUCAUCCGCAUAUUCAGGCGUGGUGGCUCACUCCGAAGCCGACUCUGACGUCCCAGAAAUGCCUACACAGAGGCCGUACUACCAAGAAGAAGUACCAUACAAUAUUUACAACGACGUUCAGCCAGGUCAUGGACCAUACGGCGACGCUACCUACAGCGGUCAGGGUGAUCAACCUGUCAUUAGGGAUGUACAGGCACGUCGAAACACCCGAAUCGAAAGAGCACCAACCUUCCCACAACAAGGUGGAAUCGCACAAAAUUUCUAA